CGCGCCGUUUGUAUGUUUAGCGAGCCCCUACCUGCGGGGCUUCGCAAUCCGAAAGAUUUCCAAACUGGAUCCGAGACGGCGUGAGAAGAGGCCUCAGAAAACCAUGGCUACUCCUAAAGGAAUGGCCAUCGGCAUCGACUUGGGCACUACCUAUUCGUGCGUGGGGGUGUUCCAGCACGGCAAGGUGGAGAUCAUCGCCAAUGACCAGGGCAACCGCACCACCCCCAGCUACGUGGCCUUCACCGACACGGAGCGGCUCAUCGGGGAUGCGGCCAAGAACCAGGUGGCUAUGAAUCCCCAGAACACUGUCUUUGAUGCCAAACGUCUGAUUGGUAGGAAGUUUAAUGAUCCUGUGGUGCAAUCAGAUAUGAAACUUUGGCCUUUUCAAGUGAUCAAUGAAGGAGGCAAACCCAAGGUGCGGGUGUCCUACAAAGGCGAGAGGAAAGCUUUCUACCCUGAGGAAAUCUCUUCUAUGGUACUGACUAAAAUGAAGGAGACUGCUGAAGCUUUUUUGGGCCACCUUAUCACCAAUGCUGUGAUCACCGUGCCAGCAUAUUUCAAUGACUCUCAACGCCAGGCCACAAAAGAUGCAGGUGUGAUUGCGGGACUCAAUGUGCUAAGAAUCAUCAAUGAACCCACAGCUGCUGCCAUUGCCUAUGGCUUAGAUAAAGGAGGUCGGGGAGAGCGACAUGUCCUGAUCUUUGAUUUGGGUGGAGGAACAUUUGAUGUGUCCAUCCUGACCAUAGAUGAUGGGAUUUUUGAGGUCAAGGCCACAGCUGGGGACACCCAUCUGGGGGGCGAAGACUUUGACAACAGGCUGGUGAGCCACUUCGUGGAAGAGUUCAAGAGGAAAUAUAAGAAGGACAUCAGUCAGAACAAACGGGCAGUGAGGCGGCUGCGUACCGCCUGUGAGAGGGCCAAGAGGACCCUGUCAUCCAGCAUUCAAGCCAACAUUGAAAUUGAUUCACUCUAUGACGGUAUUGACUUCUACACAACCGUCACCAGAGCCCGGUUUGAAGAAUUGUGUGCAGACCUGUUCCAGGGCACCCUGGGAUCCGUGGAGAAGGCGCUUCAGGAUGCCAAGAUGGACAAGGCUAAAAUUCAUGACAUUGUUUUGGUGGGGGGCUCCACACGUAUCCCCAAGGUACAGAAGUUGCUGCAGGUCUACUUUAAUGGACGUGAACUUAACAAGAGCAUCAACCCCGAUGAGGCAGUUGCCUAUGGGGCUGCAGUACAGGCAGCCAUUUUGAUGGGUGACAAGUCUGAAAAGGUACAGGAUCUGCUAUUGUUGGAUGUGGCUCCCCUAUCCCUAGGGUUGGAGACAGCGGGGGGCGUGAUGACUGUCCUGAUCAAGCGCAACUCCACCAUCCCCACCAAGCAGACACAGAUCUUCACUACCUAUUCUGAUAACCAGCCUGGGGUGCUGAUCCAGGUGUACGAGGGUGAGAGGGCCAUGACGCGGGACAAUAAUCUGCUGGGGCGCUUUGAACUCAUUGGAAUCCCUCCUGCACCCAGGGGAGUCCCUCAGAUUGAGGUGACCUUUGAUAUUGACGCCAAUGGUAUUCUCAAUGUCACAGCCAUGGACAAGAGCACCGGCAAAGCCAACAAGAUCACUAUCACCAAUGACAAGGGCCGCCUGAGCAAAGAGGAGAUCGAGCGCAUGGUUCUGGAUGCUGAGAAAUAUAAAGCUGAGGAUGAGGCCCAGAGGGAGAAAGUUGCUGCAAAAAAUGCCUUAGAAUCCUAUGCUUAUAACAUGAAGAGUGCUGUGAGUGAUGAAGGCUUGAAGGGCAAGAUCAGUGAGUCUGAUAAAAAGAAAAUACUGGAUAAAUGCAAUGAGGUCCUUUUGUGGCUGGAGGCCAAUCAACUGGCUGAUAAAGAUGAGUGUGAUCACAAGAGAAGGGAAUUAGAGAGGGUGUGUAACCCAGUCAUCACAAAACUCUACCAGGGAGGAUGCACCGGACCUUCUUGUGGAACUGGAUAUACAACUGGAAGGCCUGCUGCAGGCCCCACUAUCGAAGAAGUAGAUUAAUCCUAUCUGGGACUGGAGGAUUCUAGGGUGCCUCUCAGAUGAAUUUUGUUCCUCUCAUCUUCAAAUAUCAUUGAUUCUGAAAUUAACCAGAUCUGAACCUAAGGUGACCAUCCUUUGGAUUCUGAUGGAGGAGUCUUGUACACAACCUUUUCACACUUGAAGGUCCUGUUUUGACACUGCAAUGGGACUCUUAGGAAACCUAGGCCCCUCUUUGAACCGUUUGAUGAAUUUGAAUGUCUGUUAUUUAUUUCUGGCCAGCCUCAACUUUCUUCUUCCUGUGUGGAUGGUUAUUUGUCACUCAGUAAAUUUGUUCUUAAAGCAAAUUACUUUUGGUAUCUUUAGUUUGUGAGUGUAUCUUAAAAAUUAGUGAAAAGAAGAGUUCAUGGAGAGAGUGUGUUCAUUGUGAUCUCAUUGUGAAUGAUUAAACUGCUAAGGGCAAAGGAAUUGUUUCAAACAGGAAG